CAGCUAUGGAGACUCAAAGGGCCAAGCCAAAGGUUUUGGCUUUGCUCUGAAGCGGAAAUACUAUCCCUCCCACCCACCUCUCCUUUUCUUGUAUGCUGGAAAUACACCUAUAGAAUAUAUAGACUUCCUUCUAUCUCUCUCUCCACUUAUACUCAAUCUCCAUUCCAACCUACCACUCUCAUUCUCUCUCUAAAACCAUAUAAAAAAUUUGUACUUUGUUUCUCUCUGUCUCUCUCUUACCCUUUUAUUCUCUCUUCUUGCUUCUUCAAACCUGAAUAUCAACAGCUAGCCAAGAUAGAGAAAAAGGAAAAGUAGAAAAUACAUAUAAAAGUGAUGAUAGUCACGUCUCAACCUCCAAAACCCUUCCUUGAAUCCAACUCUACUCCACAUCCAUAUCCAAAUCUUGGUCUCUCAUUGUCCCAAUAAUCAAAAUUGUAAUAAUUUAGUCCCAAAAAAGACUUUUUCUUUCCCUUCUCUACCCAAAAGAAUUUUUAUUUUUAUUUUUUUCUUUGUAUGGUCCCAAAUAUGACUGAGGUACUCCAAUCCCCAUCUCAUUUUCCUUCGCCUUCACCUUCAAGCUCUUCCACAGCAUGUGCACCACCCACACCCAAUGAUGGUUCAAAUUCACAUGGCCUUAUUAACAAUCCCAGAGUAGUUGAAAGGGUUCAGGGACAUUUGGAUUCGGAGCAGGUGGAAGAACAAGGUAGUGGGGGAGACAGGAAAAGGAAAGAAAGGGACAGAGAAGGAGAUCAGCUGUCUCUCUUGACGCUUGUUGUGGCUGCUUUUAGGAAGUCUUUGAUUGGGUGUAGUGCUGGCAGAGGAAAGCUCUCAUCAAUGGAGAUUGGUUGGCCGGCAAAUGUUAGGCAUGUUGCCCAUGUCACCUUUGAUCGUUUUAAUGGGUUUCUUGGUUUGCCGGUUGAGUUUGAACCUGAAGUUCCCAGAAGAGCUCCUAGUGCAAGUGCAAGUGUUUUUGGGGUUUCAACGGAGUCUAUGCAGCUAUCAUUUGAUUCUAGAGGAAACAGUGUCCCUACAAUACUCCUGCUGAUGCAGAGACGUUUAUAUGCGCAAGGAGGUCUGCAGGCCGAAGGAAUCUUCAGAAUUAAUGCUGAUAACAGCCAGGAGGAGUAUGUUAGGGAUCAAUUAAAUCGUGGAGUGGUACCAGAUGGCAUUGAUGUACACUGCUUGGCAGGUCUUAUAAAGGCUUGGUUUAGGGAACUCCCAACUGGUGUAUUAGACUCUCUCUCACCAGAGCAGGUAAUGCAAGCUCAGUCAGAAGAGGAGUGUGCUCAACUUGCGAGGCUCCUUCCCCCAACAGAAUCUGCAUUGCUUGAUUGGGCAAUAAACCUAAUGGCUGAUGUUGCAGAACUGGAACAUCUGAACAAGAUGAAUGCCCGAAACAUUGCAAUGGUUUUUGCACCAAACAUGACUCAAAUGGUAGAUCCUUUGACUGCAUUGAUGUAUGCAGUCCAAGUGAUGAAUUUUCUCAAGACCCUUAUCACAAAGACACUUAGAGAAAGAGAAGACUCUGUGGUGGAAACCUCUCCCAUGUCCCGAGUAGAACCUUUUGAUGAAGAUGGGAAUCAAAACUGUAGCCAACCAUAUCUUCAAGAGGACAAGGAAGAGGCUAACAAGGGAAAUGAAGGAGAGAAAGUAUUUACCAUUGACGAACCUGCUUCUGAGAGCUCCUCUUACUCUAGCCAAGAUGAAACCACAACAGGAAAUGGACAGCAUAGUUUCUUAUCUUCCAUUGAGAAUAUCAUUCCGGGGGGGAACCUGUUGCUGGUUGACAAUUGUCCAUGUGAGGUUGCAUCCCAAGUUUUCUCCUUAACAGAUGGUCUCCAGGAUGGCGGGGAGGCUGAAACAAACGCUUGCAAGAACACAACAGGUCGGUCAACUGGUUCAAAUCUCAAAAAGGGAUGCAAGAAGGUAAAUGAGCAGCUAAUGGUACAGAGCAUACGACCUGCAGAGAAGAACAAGAAAACUGGAAUUAUUCGCCGCUUGAAUUCAAGAAAAGAACUGGUGGAAGCUUGGCGGUGAAAGGUCAUCUAAUCUCUAAUGCUGAUAUGGUGGAGGAAUUGUGGUGGUUUGGUUUGAUUUGCCAGCUUGUAGAAACUAAGCUGGCAUUUUGUUUCUGUGUAAUUUCAAUGUGUGCUUUUUCACAUUUGUUUCUUGGUGAAGUUUCUUUUAACCUUUGUUUCGUGUUUGGUAGUUUGGUAAGCCACAUUAACAUCUUCCGCCUUUGGAUGUAAAGCUUUUAUUCUAAGUUUCUAACCCUAGUUUUAUGUCUUCA